CUUGGAUACUCUCUCCUGUGUGAUGGAUAAGCUACGAUGUUAGACAAAUUGGAGGUGCUUCAGGCUCACAGGCUCAGGAUGUUAUCGUUGAGAUAUCGGAGCAAAGUGUCCCAGCGACAGCAACGGCUAACGGUCCAGUCCCCGAAAGGCGUCUGGACCUGUGGUCGACGAUCUGCCGCCUUUAGCAGGCGUGGCGCCACGAGGCAGAUCGAUCGAUUGGCAGUGGCUAGACCCAGCAGACCCUCAUUAUCUGAUGGAGCGGCUCCGGAAACUGUUGCUGCCGUUCCUUUGUGGGAGGUGACGGACGCGGUCCGAAAUGAACACUUACCGAUGUAGCGAAUCCUCAUCCUAUGGGACAUGACCCAUCCACAUGCG